CUCACAGAGGCCAAGGUGGCGGCAGUCUCGUCGAUCGAGAGGCGCUACACGCUAAAGCCCGGCUCCGACCAGCUGGUGGUGGAGAAGCUCACCGACGCCGACCGGACCGUUUGGAUCGGCCAGAUGCAUGACAUCAAAAACGGGUAUGAGAGCCGGUUCGGCAUCCUGACGGGCGACGUGCCGCUGCUGGUGUACGGGCGUCCGAUGACUGGGCGCAGGUACAUCGCCACCAGCGCCGGCAGCGUCACGCUCGAGAAGCAGUGGUCGCCGACGCCGAAGCCGUUCGCGCUACAGACGUGCGUCCGUGAUCUGGACACGCUGGACCAGACGUUCUCCCAGUACGGAACGCUGGACGAGCUGUUCAGCGCCGGCUCCACCUGCUUCGUGCUGAAGGCCGAUUCGUACGGAGCGAUGGGCAAGGCGAGUGAUCGGCGUGAGAAGGGCCGCGUGCGGCUGGACGUGACGCUCGCCUCGGAGCCGGACUUCACCAAGGUGGAGCGUCGGCAGGCGCGCCUGACCGCUCUUACUUCCCCGGUGAGCGUCACCCCUCCGGAGGAGCACGGCAAGAGGAUUUCUAUCAUACUCGACAUGGGCAACGCCGGGCUCUCCAGCGUCGACCUUCCCUUCAUCCAGGUCCUGAUCAACAUGUUCAAGCUGUACUACCCGGACAUGCUCAACUACAUCAUCGUCUUCGAGAUGCCAUGGAUAAUGAACGCCGCCUGGAAGAUCAUCAAGCAGAUGCUCCCCCCGAAGUCGCACCAGAUCAUCAAGUUCGCCUCGAAGAAGGACAUUGCCACCCUCAUUCGGCCGGAGGACUGCCUGGAGCGGUGGGGAGGUGAAAACACGUGGACCUUCCAGUACCGACGAGAGGAGUGCGAGAUGCCACCGUCGCCAUUUUUGGGUCCCCGCAAUAACCAGGUUGACAAGCCGGAUGACGACGGUGCCAGCCAGAGCAAGCGACGGGAGCGGCACCAGCGGCGGCGGGCAAUCUGCUCCACUACCACAGGCCUGCUCGACAUCCCGAGCGCCGCCGGCGACAAGGCCAAGAGCCAGGUGUCGGACGACAGCGGCGCCUCCAGUGAAGACCUGUCUGACCAGUCUCAGGAGGGCGCCGACGACACGGCCGUUGAGAUCGGCGGCCUGCUGAAGAUCUCGCCAGGUGACGAGAUCCAGUUCGCCAGCGACGCCGUCGAGGCCAGGCGACCACUCAUGCUGCGCAACAUUCGCCGCGGCCCGGUGGCCUUCAAGGUGAAGACGACGGCGCCCGAGAAGUUCCGCGUGCGCCCCUCGUGUGGCGUGGUGGCGCCGGGCCGGCGCGUGAGCGUCGAGCUCCGCUUGGCGCCUGGCGUGGCCGCGCACCAGGCGCUGGCUGAGAAGUUCCUGCUGGUGGCGGCGCCCAUUCAGCAACAGCAGGUCGUUGCCGACGACAUGGCCAGCGUCUGGAGGCUCCCGUGUGUCAGCGCCAGCUCUCGUGUGUAG